AUGCGGGCCUUCUUGAUCUCACUCUUCGUUGCCGAAGUAGUUUUGUCUGCCUACCUGCCGCAGGCUUUCAAUAAUUCAAUCUUUAAGUCACCCGAAUACACGACUUCCCAGGGUGGUGCUGCAUCGUGCAUCAGUGGUCGAGUCGAUCUGUCUGUAUCCUUCGAGUCACAACAGUGGACGUUCGACAUUCCUGAAAACCAACUCCAGCUAACCGACUGGGUUUUUACAUAUACAACCCUUGGGACUGCUGCAUUCUCAUCUAAUGGAACACGGCGCAUCAACAAAUCAUAUGAGAUAUGGGUUCAAUAUUGUAUCCCCAAGCCAGCCGGCCUCGCCAUAUUCAACGCGAGCUCUCUGCAAAUCCUGACGCAUGGGGGCUCCCUGGAUCACUCCUACUGGGAUUUUGCUCAAGGCUACAGCUACGUGGACGCUGCAGCAGCUCAGGGUAUGGCAACCUUGAACUACGACCGACUUGGCAUCGGCCAUUCUGAACACCCAGAUCCACUCUUCGAGGUCCAAGGUGACGCCGCCACAUCUGUGUUACACAGUCUUAUCACGCUUGCUCGGAACGGCGCGUUUGGGCAUACGUUUGCCAAAGUUAUUGGUGUUGGCCAUUCAUAUGGGAGCAAAAUUACUGAGUCCAUCGUCUCGAACUACCCUAAAGACUUUGACGCCGUUCUUCUCACAGGCUAUGCUUACAGAAAUGCGGUGGGAGCCGGCAACCCUAUUGCAUCUGGUUACGAAGUUGCCCAGUCCGACAGGCGCUUUACACACUUGCCGCAUGGCUACGUGGCUACACGAUAUCCGGAAGGUAUUCACCUUCUUUUCUUCAAGUAUCCCAACUUUGAUCAAGCGAUUUUCACGGCGUCUUUAGCAUCUCUACAGACUACUACUCUAGGCGAGAUGCUUAUUCCUAAUGAAGAAGCUCUCGUUGGGAACAUAACAUCGCUUCAGGCAUACUCGGGAUCUGUUAUGAUCUUGGUUGGGAACAAGGACUACUCUGUCUGUGGGUUCUCUUGCGAUGGGGAUGAUAACCCGGCCGCAUCAACCCUUCGGGAUAUCUUCCCUAGUGUAAAUCCGAGCCAUAGCAAGAUCUGGAUAGUGCCUGAUAUUGGCCAUAAUACUAGUUUACACUCGAACGCCGCCGAGGUAUUCGGGGGUAUGCUUUCUUGGGUUCGGAAGUUGAAUUGA